GCUCUCCAACUAUUCAUGAACUCUGCUUGCUGGCUAGGCCCAUAACAAGCAGCGGAUCCCCGUCCAGCGCCUCCUAUUUGUUUGCCUCCGUUCCAGAUGACGAACGGCACUAGGGCGUCGAGUACAUAAAGGGCGCAGACGACCACAUCACUUGCAGCGCCUGUCCUUGUUGCUGUACAAUCACCGCAGCCGUCGACCACAGGCCCAUUCAGUCACUUAUCAUGGCUCCAUCUGAAUUCUUCGUCGUCCUCCAAAAGGGCAUCACCGGCGGAUUCGCCCCUCCCACGCCCUCGGCGGUCUACACCCUCACCGCAUCAUCUGACAACCCCGCUGUGGUACUCGUGCAAGCCCAGACGAGGGAAGAAGGCACUCCCUCGCUCUCCGACCCGCUCGCCCCAAAGGAAGUCGCCGUCUCCGCCGCGGAGGGGAAGAUCAACGAGCUUGAGUCGAUCUUGAAGCAGCUGCCGGUAGAAGUGCCCACCGGGAGCCAGGAUAUCUACGGAUUGGAUACAAGCAUCUUCUUCGGCAGCGGCGAUCUCGAGUGGAGGAACGGAGGACCUCAAGGUUGUGGGGGCGGCGUGAGCGAGGUGCAGGCUACGGAUGAGCAGAAGGAGAAGUUUAAGCGUGCUGUGGAGAUCGUUGAGAGCCUUGUUUGAGUGGGGGAGGAGGACGCACCACGAUUUGCUCCUGUUUUACGUUCUACACUAGAUCGAAAGGAAGCCACCGUGUGAAAUGUUGUAACAAUAGAAGUGUGAUUAUAACAUCCCUCCCCCUGUCCCCCGCUCGAUCCACACAGCGCCGCUCUCGGUCAAACGGUAUUGCAGCGGCUGCUUGCUUGCAGCUCUGGCACACGGGUCGUCUGGAAGUGAUAAUGGGCCCCGCUGGAUUGCGAGUUCACCUGUGACGGCGCUGCUUCGUCCACUGGCGAGGGGAGAGACUUCCAGCUGCAUCAUGCAUGCACUUAGAAGUGUGUCGACAACGCGAGGGUGGGAAGGGUCGAGAUUUUGUAAGACUACGAGGCCGAAUCCCAUCCGUUCUUUAAGCGCUAGUAUCGACCUCCAGAAUCUCAUCACCUCAUCUUGACUACCACCGAACCAUUCCAAUGUCGACACUUCAUCAAAAAGCACCAACUUAGGUCUCUCUGACUCAACAGUUCGGACGGCGCCUUCUAUCGUAUCGAAUAGUGGAUGCAAGGGUGUUGAUGCAGUCGCGUCUAUUGGGGGAACGACUAGGGGGUCUUGCGAUGGGGUGAUGAGAGAUGGAGGCGUGCUGAUUUGGGAGAAUGCAUCGACGAAGACGAACGACUUGCGCUCCAGAUAGG